UGUUUGUUUUAUUUGAGCAUUUCUGUUUUGAAAUAGGACAUCAAUCAUUACAGCCAAAGGUGAUCCACUACAUUAACAGAUGGACUGUAUAUCUACGUUUGAUUGUCGUCUUACGUUUGUUCAAAGGUAUAUCGGCCGUGUUGGUCGCCGUACGAGCCGCGUGCGCGCCGGCACUACAACGACUACAACGGUCGUACGCGUAUCGGACCGUACGCCCGGUAAACAACACGUCGUCGUAUAAUAUAAUAUCGUCGAGUGCGACAACGUGUCGGUACGCGGACGCGAUUAGAUCUGUUGGGCGCGCGCGGUCGUCUUAUCUCGCGGCCACUAUAUAUUGUGUCUGCGUGUGCGUGUGUGUGCGUGUGCGUGCUCGGAGAGAUAUACCCACACUCGUACGAACGGACCCACACACGCCCGCGUAGGUACGCAGUGUCUGUUCGGCGGCGCGCGUUCAACGUCUCUCGUGUGGUUUUGCGCCCGAGGGCAGAGUCGUCGACGGGUCGUGUGGUCGCGGUGGGUGCCGGGGCCGUGUCCGAGGAGGAGGUUUACUACCUAAACACAACUGCCAAAAAAGAAAACACCGCCCGCGAUACAACGCGUCUUGCAGUAUAUUUCGAUAAAACAGACGACGAUGGCGGCGGACGGGGAGACGGGCGAAGACGGCUCGUCGGCGGUGCUGGCGAAAAUACUGGCCAUGGCGUUCCUGGGCGUGUCGUCGUUCGUGGCCGGCAGCACGCCGGUGUGCGUGUUCGAGCGGCUGGGCAUCAGGCGGCGCGGUCGCGGCGCCGCCAACACCGCUCUCCGGUUGAUACUCAACUUCGGCGGCGGCGUGCUGCUGUGCACCACGUUCUUGCACCUGUUGCCCGAGGUCCGGGAGGGCGUCGAGAAGCUGACCGCGGACGGGAGGCUCGACAAGGACUCGCCGCUGUCCGGCCUGCUGGCCGAGCUCAUCAUGUGCACGGGCUUCUUCUUCAUGUACUCCAUCGAGGAGCUGGUGCACGGGUUCGCGGGCGGCGACUGUCACGCGCACCACAGCGGCGGCAGCGACCACAGCAUCGCGGACCGCGGCCACGGCGAGGACGUGGCCGCGACGCCGCAACAGCGCCGCAUCGACGCGGUCACCGUCGCGGGCGGCGGCGGCGGCUGCCAAACGAACGCCGUCGCGUACGACAAGAUGGACGGCGGCGCCGGGCGGGUGGCCAACUACAACUCGUGCAUGUCGUCCGUCGAGCUGGCGGCGGCCGACAAGAAGUCGGCGACGACCGUCAGGAAACCGGUGUCGGCCGUACCGUCGUCGGCGUCCGAGUCGGUGGUCCGCGGCUUCUUGGUCGUCGGCGCGCUCAGCAUACACGAACUGUUCGAAGGCCUGGCCGUCGGUCUGGAGAAAAAUCCCACUCAGGUUUGGUCACUUACUGUGGCCGUUGCAUGUCAUAAGCUGGUCAUAGCAUUUUACGUCGGAUUACAGAUGCUUUCGGAUAGGACGAAGCCAUUGCUGGCGCACUGUUCAAUAUUGCUUUUUGCUGUCACGUCUCCGAUAGGUAUUGGUAUAGGCACAUUGGUCAGCAAUCUUGAAGAAACAAAAAGCGUGGUCCUAUUUUCAGUCAUUCUACAAGGAUUAGCUACUGGUACAUUGAUGUAUGUGGUGUUCUUUGAAGUGCUCAAACCGUCUCCUGGAAAUUUACAACUUAAACAAAGAAUAUUACGACUAGUAUUUAUUGCCAUUGGUUUUGUGUCAAUGCUUUCAAUUCAAUUGCUUAUAUCCGAAUCCGAUUAAUAUUUUUCAACUAAUUUACAUGGACCUAAAUGGAUAAAUGUAUCUAUUUAUGUUGGUUAAGAAUAUAUGACUAUAUUAUAUCCAUUUGUCCAUUUACCUAAUACCUACCUAUACAAUUACCAAUUGGACGUAUAAUAUCAUGUAUUAUUUUGUAUCAUAGUACUAUAUUUAUGUUAAUAAUAUAUAUUAAUAUAUUGUGUACAUCAUAAAGGGAAGUAAAAUGUGAACAUACUUAGAGGCUUAAGAUUAAAAAUAGGUAUAAUGAAAUAAUAAAUUGAAUAAAUAAAACUAACAGAAUAUAAAAUUUACCUAUAACACAUGAUCAAUUAAAAUUUUAAAAGAUUACUUAACUAGAGAAGAAAUUAAAUUUGAGAAAAUUGACUUAUUAAACUGUCUUGAUUAUAUGUGUAGUUAUAUUUAAAUGAUAAUGCAACUAUUAUCAAAAUCAUAUUACGUUAAAACUACCUAUUUAUCAAUUAAGUAGGUAUCCACUACAUCAGAUUGAUUCACAUUUGUGUUUCAUACGUUAUUCAAAUUUAAUUUUUACGAAAUUGUUCAUAAUAAUUUUAAAUGUAUUGGCUUCUUAGUAUCAGUCAGCGUAUACCUAAAAAUAGUUAAUCAUAAACUCUUUCCUUAAGGAAAAUUGUUUUAUCUCUAAAUGACUAUAUAUUAUGUAAGUAGAAGUUGCAUUGUAAACGUAAUUCGAUUAAUAAAAAAAUAUCAAAUUUAAAAAUUAUUAAAAGUAAAAUUUAGAACAAAGAACAAACUAAACAAAUUUAGAAUAAAGAAUUAAUAUAAUAUCGAAAAUAUAUGGAAUGACAUGACGUAUUAUUUACAAUAAAUAAAUGUAUUUUCUUUUGUUUAACUGUCAUAAAUUAUAAGUAGUUAUACGCCAUACUACCUAAAUCAGUAUAUGGCUAUAGUCAAGUGCUAAUGUGUUUUUAAAUCAAGCAAUAUAAAGUUAAGUAUUAUAUUCAUAUAAUA